AAAAUCGAUCUUUUGUAUCUACUUUUAUCGCUGAAGUUCAAAGACAGCAAUAAGAUGCCAAAACAGUAUCUAUUCUAUAUUUUGAAUACAGCUAGUAUCACUAAUAUUUAUUUCUCCUCUAUCUAAGUUACUUCUGCUCUUCGUGUCCGAAUCUAUGAAUAAAGCAUCGACAGCAUCUCGCAAUCUGAAUAUUUUCCAUCUUUCAGUAUCCAUCCAUAAACAUUCCUGUCAGAUAUCACUAGGUCUCAUCCAUUGCAAGAAUAUCACGUAGUUCUUGCUCAUGCGCAACAGUGAGGGAAGUUUGAAUAUAAAAGAACAUUGCGAUAUUGGAUGACUAGGAUAUUCACAAGUGAGGCAGGAUGUGGGAAGGAGAAUUGGCCGACGUUAUUCUACCUACGGUAUCGACAAUGAUUGUUUUUGUUCUGACGAUAAACAUUGUCAGAUACUUGAUGGCUGAGCCGCACAUCCACAUCAGAGAUGCGACUAAAUCACAUUCGUGGAAACCAAUAAAGAGAAUAUCCAGGGCCCAUUUUUGCAGCAUAUGCGAAUCACUGCUCAUCAACGUCGAUGGCCUUUAUUGCGACUCGUGUGGAGUCUGUGCCGAUCGAGGCUGUUUCAAACUGGCGGAUAAACAGCUGAAGUGUAAAGACAUAACGCUAGCUAGCGACCAGCCAAUGAAACACCAUUGGGUCAAAGGUAACUUGCCAGUAACUGCGAUGUGCGAUUUUUGUGAUGAAGAAUGUGAAAUGGAACCAGGGCUAUCGGAUUGGUGGUGUUGCUGGUGUCAACGAUGCGUUCAUGAUCUCUGUAAAUCUAAUUUACCAGAAGUAUGUGACUUUGGGAAAUUCAAGCUGAUGAUAGUGCCGCCGGGAAGCUUGGAAGUAGUCAACACCCGCAGCAAGAUGCGCCGUCGCCUUCAACUCCGUAAAAUAAUACCUCCACUGUGGCCAAACUGGAAUCCUAUAAUUAUCGUUGCCAAUAGGAAGUCGGGUAAUAACGAUGGGGCUGCAAUAUUGUCACUAUUUCGAAGGCUCGUAAACCCAGCUCAAGUUGUUGACCUUGCUGAACGAGAUCCUGUCGCAGCGCUUGAAUGGUGCCGUUUACUCGGAGAUGUUUCAUGCAACAUCCUUGUCGCUGGUGGUGAUGGGACUGUGGCCUGGCUUCUCAACACAAUUCAUAAAUUACAACUAAAGCCGAUUCCAUCUGUGGCGAUACUACCUCUGGGAACAGGUAAUGACUUGUCUCGUGUUCUCGGAUGGGGAAAAGAGCAUAAUUCGGAUCUAGACCCAGCAGCCACCUUGCAGCAGAUACAAGCCGCCCAGAAGGUGGAUCUUGAUAGAUGGCAAGUAUCAGUAAAACCAUUCAGAGGCCUUGGAUUCAGGGGUUCGAGCAAAGAUUCUUUUAUGUACAACUAUAUAAGUAUUGGCGUAGACGCACAGGUCACAUUGAGUUUUCAUCGCGCCAGAGAAAGCUGUUUCUAUUUAUUCAGUCACAGAAUAUUCAAUAAGCUUCUCUAUCUGGGCUUUGGGACACAGCAAGUUGUCGAGAGAGAAUGCAGAGAUUUGGACAAAAAAAUAGAACUUUAUUUGGAUGGAAACAAAGUAGAACUGCCAUCAAUUGAAAGUAUUGUCGUUCUUAACAUACCUUCUUGGGGUGCCGGUGUUGAUCUCUGGAACAUGCUUCCUCAAGGGGCCGAUGGGGUUCAAAAGCAAAGCAUAAAUGACGGAAAGUUAGAAGUUGUUGCGAUAUAUUCUUCAUUUCACAUGGCCCAACUGCAAGUGGGUCUGUCUCAGCCUCAUCAUCUUGGGCAGGCAUCAAAUAUCAAGAUAAAAUUGCUCGGUUCAUGCGCAGUGCAAAUCGAUGGAGAACCUUGGUAUCAGCAUCCUUGUGAAUUUAACAUUUCAUACUGCGAUCAGGCAUCGAUGUUGAAAAGUAACUACAACUAAUUGACAUCUCCUGCAUCAAUGCUUGUGCAAUUGACGUAUUCAGAAUUGUGUGUUAACAAACGGUUUCAACGAACAUAAGCAGAUUCUGUAGAACCAUUCUUAUUUUUGAUCCGAAAGAAAACUCUAGUCACGUUAUCGAACACAUCGCGUACAUACAAUAGUUAUUUUUUUAAAGCGUCGCUUCCUUUUGCCUGCUAUUAAAAAACUACUCAAUUAAUUCUCGCCCAUUGGGCAUUUAUCGAAAUAUGUCUGAAAAUAUUCAUGCGUAUAUUUAGGAUUACGCUUAUGCUUAUGCUUAAACUAGAGUGUCCCGGUGACCUCUAUGAGUCAGUCAACACCACAAUGUCACACAAUUUGUGUCCUACUCGGAUUUCUUUCAAUUUCGUGAUUUCGUAGAUAUUUGUUAAAACAACUGAAUAACUAUGUGGUGCUUGACAGCUUAAUUUUUUUUAUGUUAAGUAACAGCCAGACAAAUAUUGUGAACAAUUGAUGUACCUAUUUUAAAAUAUUUAUUAUAGUAAUUAAGGAUUUAUCCGGGCUUGGAAUUGAUUCUGUUUAACGAUAUCUGCAUCGUGUCUUCUUAUCUCAAACGUUCCUAAGAUAGCCAAAAUUUCAGAAGACAAGACUGCAGAAUCUCUGUAAAAGUAAUUUGGAUAUUUUUAAUUCUUAUUUUUACUUUUUCUUCGGGGCAAUCUCAUUAAAAUCAUUAAUUAUAACCUUUUAUUACUUUCGUCAUUCCUUCACAAUGGAGUGUACCAUUGGUUAAUUACUAAGUAUUGUCCCAAAAAUUAAGUGGGUAUUUAUUAUUCCGUAAGAAGGGCUGAUCUGAUUGCUAAUAAUAAGUAAUGCAAGGUUGUAUUUGAAAUUUCUCAAUACAAAUCAAAGGCCAUUUUUGAGCAGGACUGAAAAAUGGUUACUUAAAUUCUUUCAUAUGUUUAGUACCUCGAAUUUUUAUGAUUCUUUUGAUUAUGUUGAUGUAAAAAUUUAGUAUUACUGGACACCAUCUUGACGGUAUAAAAAUUGCAUUGAAUCUUGAAUUUUUAUGUAAAAC